UAGCAUAGGAAACCAGGAAACAUGGCGACUCACCAUCAACCAGCUCCUCAUCAAAGGCCAAUUCAACAAGACUGGGCUAACAGAGAAUACAUAGAAGUGAUAACCUGUAGCAUCAAGAAAAUAUCUGAUUUCUUGAAUUCAUUUGACAUGUCAUGCCGUUCAAGACUUGCCACUCUAAAUGAGAAGCUGUCAGAAUUAGAGCGAAGGGUGGAGUACAUUGAAGCGAGGAUUACGAAAGGAGAGACUCUAUCAUGAUCCCAUCAGUGAAUCAUCAAUGGCUUUUCACGUGUACAGUUUCAUUGUUGAUCUGUUAACUGUUUUUCAGAAUUGAAACCUUCAAACCCAAGACUGUGUAGCAGGUUUCAAGACACCUGUUGCAUCUGUAGUCCCUAGCAACUACUGCUUGAAGCAGAAUGGGUUCCUGUUCAAAAUCUACAUCUCUCUGAAAUAGAUUCAGUGUUACCGUGUCAUAAUGACAGCCAGUACUUUUCGAUUGAGACUAUGAUACCUAUUUGGCUAAGUGAGUGUAAUGACUUUAAGAUUUCAGAAUCAAGGGUGGGGUUGGGUUGGGGAAGUAUGUCUCCUUGAUACUGAAUGGAGACCUGAAACAAUUGUUUAUACUGUAUGAUUGUAGUCAUACCUGUGCAGAUUUAAAGUAAUAAACAUUGAUACAAACAUUGUCAUGCUAAAUAUUUUAGACUUUUUGUGGUGUUCUCCAAACCAUUUUAUAUUUUUAUUCCAUUUUGUACUUAAGAUUUAAUGGGUUUUAUGGAUUGUUCUUUGGGUAGUUUGAAAAUAAAUUUGGAUGGAAAUAAUAAUUGCACCAUCAGGUGUUGUGUCCAUGUUUCAAAGAGCCACUGACAGUAUCACCAUACUGUAGUGGUCAGCUUGUGCAACUGUCAAUCAUGUAGUGCUUUUUAUCUAAUUAUUGCGGGUAUUAUUAAGGUAAUCAGUUGGAGCAGUUACUGGUGGAGAUUUUACUCAAUAAGGAAAACAUUGAUGUGUCUGAUGGUGGUGUAAGAUUUUAUUCCAAUGAUAGAAAAUUCAGUACUGUGUACUGAGACUGAAAUGAUACAAUAGAUGGAGGUGCUGUAAUAUUAAUUUCAAAUACAAUUGUAUAGUGUAUCUUUAUAUAAAUAGUUUUAAGUAUCUGAAUAGGAGUUUCUUUGAAUCGGCACUGACUGAAAUUUGUUCUUACCACAUAAAUCUUUCAAUGGUGUCAACAUGAACAUUUGAUUUCACGAAACUAUUUGGGAAAAUUAAUCACCUAUUUUUUCAUUAUAAUAAUGGACCUAAUUAAAAGUGUUUUUCUAAUUUGUAUUCAGAUAAUAUAGAACCUUGUCGUUUCUGUCUGAGAUCAUGGUAGAAUAAGAAACUUUGCAGUAUUACUUGAAGACAGAAAAUACAAAUGAUUUGGUAAAGAAUAAAAUCCUUGGUAAAAUGGUAGAUGUAGAAACUAGCUUGAAAGAAGUCAGUAUCUCAUUAGUGUAAUUUACACAAGUCAUAAAGAUAUUUCCAAACACUGUACUUUAUAUUGAAAUUAUAACCCAUUGUCCGACGUCCGAGUCCAGUGUUUUUUUCUGUCGGGCAAGCAAAUUUGUAUAUCACACUGUACCGUUGUCCAGUUGACUUUCCAAUGUUAAUUAUGCUGUUUAUUUUUAAAAAUCAGCAAGAAAACGGUUGGUAUAGUGGAAAAAUAAUAAGGGCAUGUGACUUUACAUGUGCCACUAUACCGGAGUACACUACCAGUUAUUUGCACCCCUGUGGUUAAUCAAAUUGUGGUUAAAGUGUUUGCUUGUCAUGACGAAGGUCCAAGUUCAAUUCCAACGUAGACUCAUGUGAAGCCCAUUUUCAGAGGCCCCAGCUGUGAAUUAGCUUUGAUAUUUGCUGAAAGCAGCAUUAAACCAUAAUCACUCAAACUUCAGGUAGCAAUUAUGCAUGCUUGUAAGAUAUUUAUUUAUAUUCUCUGAUGUAGAAAUAAACAUUUUCUCCA